AGAUCUACGUCUGAGAUUUUUUUUUUGCCUCGAGCCGUCAAGGAACGGGACAGCGGUCGAAAAAAAAAAAAAAUCCUGCAAAUUCGCAAGUGAAAGCCAAAUGUAACACUUUCCGCUUCUCCUCUCCGGCAGCGUGUCUGCAGGAAUCUCUGGCAGUCCAGUCCUGAGCUCCUGGAGAAGCUUCAGACCUUGGAGCAGAGGAACGAGAGAGAAGAUCUAGGAAGACCCCCGCAGAGGAAUGAGAGCCCCCACCAAGGGUGGAGUCCUAAGAAUCUGCAAACGUCUUUUGUUAGGAACGGAAGCAAACGACAAAACACAACAACACGGAGCAGCUCAGGACAACACCGAGGGGUUUCCGGACCCGCCGCCCAAGCGACCUGUGAUGCAUUUCCUGGUGGCCGUCUUCUUGGCAUCUCUUGUGUCUGCGGAUGCUGCCGCACCAAGAACCUUUCUGUGGCAGGAAGUAGGAAACCCCUCAUGUAUCCGCUGCUGCGAGGCCUCCGAGGAACCCGCAGGACCGCCCAAGAAGAGCCGCGUGAAGGAAUAUGUCAUGUACCCAAUGCCAAGAGUCCAGCCCCGUAUAGAGAUGGCUAUUCUCAAAGGUGACAAGGGAGAAAUGGGUGGAAAAGGGCCUCCGGGGGUUUCAGGAAAAGAAGGCGAACGAGGAUUUCAAGGACCACCAGGAACAAAGGGUCAAAAGGGUCAAACAGGUCCACCUGGGAAUUCCUGCAAAAUCCAGUAUUCUGCCUUUUCGGUGGCACGACGUAAAUCCUUACACAGUACCGAAUAUUUCCAAACCGUGGUCUUCGACACAGAGUUCGUGAACCUGUAUGAACACUUCAACAUGUUCUCAGGAACCUUCGUCUGCUACAUUCCCGGGAUCUACUUCUUUAACCUCAAUGUACAUACCUGGAAUUUGAAGGAGACUUAUCUUCAUAUCAUGAAGAACAGCGAAGAGACCGCCAUAUUGUACGCACAGCCUAGUGACCGCAGUAUCAUGCAGAGUCAGAGUCUCAUGCUCCAGCUGAAGGAGAAGGAUGAGGUCUGGGUGCGGAUGUUUAAGAGAGAACGAGAAAACGCUCUAUAUAAUGAUGAGUCUGAUGUCUACCUGAUAUUCAAUGGAUAUCUCAUCAAGGCAAUGGAUGACUGAGUAUAUAUAUUAUAGUAGUCAUGUGUAUAUAUAUAUAUAUAUAUAUAUAUAUAUAUAUAUAGAUAUAUCUUCACGGACCUCCAUGUUGGGCUGGAACCAGAGACCAAUAUUUGUACCCAAAGUCUACAGCUUCAGUAAUAUUAUCUGCGGAAUAAAUACAUGUUCUUCACCUGUAAAUAGUAGUUAUAUUCUUGCAUAUAGGAGCAGUAUUAUAGUAGUUAUAUUCUUGUAUAUAGGAGCAGUAUUAUAGUAGUUAUAUUCUUGUAUAUAGGAGGCAGUAUUAUAGUAGUUAUAUUCUUGUAUAUAGGAGCAGUAUUAUAGUAGUUAUAUUCUUGUAUAUAGGAGCAGUAUUAUAGUAGUUAUAUUCUUGUAUAUAGGAGGCAGUAUUAUAGUAGUUAUAUUCUUGUAUAUAGGAGACAGUAUUAUAGUAGUUAUAUUCUUGUAUAUAGGAGCAGUAUUAUAGUAGUUAUAUUCUUGUAUAUAGGAGCAGUAUUAUAGUAGUUAUAUUCUUUUAUAUAGGAGGCAAUAUUAUAGUAGUUAUAUUCUUGUAUAUAGGAGGCAGUAUUAUAGUAGUUAUAUUCUUGUAUAUAGGAGCAGUAUUAUACUAGUUAUAUUCUUGUAUAUAGGAGGUAGUAUUAUAGUAGUUAUAUUCUUGUAUAUAGGAGGCAGUAUUAUAGUAGUUUUAUUCUUGUAUAUAGGAGCGGUAUUAUAGUAGUUAUAUUCUUGUAUAUAGGAGGCAGUAUUAUACUAGUUAUAUUCUUGUAUAUAGGAGGUAGUAUUAUAGUAGUUAUAUUCUUGUAUAUAUAGGAGCAGUAUUAUAGUAGUUAUAUUCUUGUACACAAUGUCAUCAUGUUAUAUAUUCCAUUACUUUUAUUUUUUUUUUUUUUGGAUUGAAAACUUUUUGAUCAACAUGUUUCGCUAUCGUCCAUUAGAGUUUUAGAGGGACUUCAAGGUGAACAGAUACAUUCUGUAUAGAACAACCAUGGUAACAAAACUCAGCUUCACUUAAUUUUUUGUUAUGUAAAAAUUUGUUUACAAAAGUGUACAGAUAUAAUGCAUUAGGACAGACUUCAACUCCUUUCAUGCUUUUCACAUUUUGUUAUUUUGCUCCUUGUGCUAAAAUAAAAGUUUCCCAUGAUUCUG